CGCAGUGGAGUCUGUACCGGAGCCCUAAUGGCGGAGAACGUACGGUCGCCUUUCGACUAUCGGGAGCCACCGACUCUCGACAGCGAUGGAGACGGCGGCAAGCCUCCGCCACCCCGGGGGCGAGUGUGUGGCCGAAAGAGAAAGGGGACUCCUGUGAAGGUGUGUGACCGUGCGUAUGUGACGGAAGAUGAAGAGGAAAGUUUGUCCGAACACAGUUACAGCCCAGGUGAAGGGCAGUACCCAGAUGAAGCCGAAGAUCGGAUUCCCCCUCCUGGCAGUCCAUACUAUCUCGCUGAUCCGUCUCAGCUUUGUGUACCGGAACUGGGUGAAGAAGGGGCCAGUGGUGUUCGUGGCCCUGUGCUCUUUCCCCCUCUGCCGCCUAACUGCAGGAUCAGAGAGGUGCAUUGUGGGAGCCAGGUACGUCUGGUCGUCAUAGCGAUCAGAGACAUCGCCAAGGGCGAGGAAAUCACGGUGGACUACAACUUGGCCGAGUGGGGAGAAAACGCACUGGCUUUCCAUCGCUCUGUAUCACCACGUGGAUUUGAAUGCGCCUUUAAUCCAGACAGCAAUAUUAAAAAGGAAGAAGAGGCGGCGCCAUCUCUCCCGCUCUCCCUCACGGUUUCAGACUACCUCACUCCUUCGUGGUCUCUCUCCCCUUCAUCCUCCCCGCUGUCUCGCUCCGAGGCCAGUGAUUCGGACCGAGACGAGGACGAAGAAGAGGAGGAAGACGAGGAAGAGGACGACGAAGAAGAGGAGGACCUCGAAGAGCUGAGAGGCCGCAUGAUGCGAAGACGCAAGAAGCGGAAAACGACCAAUAAUGUGGCUAAGAAAAAGUCUCAACCCAGCCCUCUUACUUUCCCUCCGUCCUCCUCACCUUUUCAAUCACCCUUAGCCCCGCCCACCACAAACAUAAAUAAUAACAUAAACAUAAACAUCGGCCGCAGCACGAGCAGGAAGCAGCACUGUCCUCACUGCGGCCGCCAUUUCCGCUCCCUAGCGCGGCAUCUCGAGAAGCACCACGAUCAGCAACCCGAAAUCCGGAACGCCAUGGAACUGUCACACGGCCCGCGAUCCGCGCACACGCCGUCCACAGCACACACGCGCGGCUCGCAUCCGUUCACCUCGCCGCAGCCCUCUGCAUCCUCCUCCUCCUCCUCAGCCACCCCCAACCUCUUCUCUCGAGACUCGUCCGGCUCCGGUUCGGCGGCCAUGUCGUUCUCACUAUCGCUCUCUCCUCCUUCGCGCCGCGCUGCCUCCAAAAAGAGCCCCGCCUCUCUUCCCACCCCACCGCGAAAGAACGCAGCCUCGACAGCAGUAGCAGUGAAAAAGUCCCCCAGUCCUCCAGCCAAAAGGGGGAGACGGCCGAAAAAGGAGAAGGAAGAGAAGCAAAAGAAACAGGAGGAGGUGGAACAAGCGAAAGAGGAAGCUCCGCCCACUCCAGGCCGGAACGAAGAGGAGGAGAGGGACGAGAUAGAAGACGAGGAGCUGGAUCUGACGGAAAUGAGAGACGACGACAGUGGAGAAGAGAAGAACGGUGCAAGCUCUCACCGCUCCCACGUGUCUCCCCUCCUGUCCUCUCUCUCCACCCUGGUUUUGUACCUCCGACGUCAGCAGCACUCCUCCUUCCUCUCCCUCUCACGUUCGAGCAGUUCAGCGGAGGCCUGGCGCCUGCUCUGCCAUUCCAGCCUGGCGCUGCUCAUCAUCUACAACCGGCAUCGCGAGUGCGAGAUGGCGAAGCUGACCAUAAACGACUACCGCAGCCGCGUCACUCCGUCCUCGAACUCCAGCUCCCCUCUCGAGGCGUCCCUGUCCCCUUUUGAGCGACAGGUCCUGUGCCACAGGCCACGCGUCGGCGUCUUAGGAAAGCGCGGACGGGUCCAGCCGCUCAUCCUUCCCCCUCACUCUGAAUCCUGCCUCGAUUUGCUUCUGAAAACUUCCACGGACGUGAACGUGGAUCCCGAAAGCCCUUACGUUUUUUCCCGGCCGUAUCACUCGCCCGCAACUCCUCUGCGCGGCACGGACCUUCUGCGCGGAUUAGCGCGUGCCAGCGGGGCCAAGAACCCCGCGGCGCUGACGUCGCCGCGCACCCGAAGGCAAGUCGCCAUCCUCACCCAGCUCCUGCUGAUGGACGAGGGAGAGAAGGAAAGGCUCGAGCACUUCCUGCACAGCGAGUAUCAUGUCACCCAGAGCUGCGCGCGGAUCGGCCAGGACCCGGCGCUGAUGGGCCGAGUGGGACGCGUCGUGCUGUACGGGGAGAGAGACGGCGUGCUGUUCAGAGGGAUGAGCCUCAAGCACAUCUGCCUCGAGCUGGACGGUGAGAGUCGAAAGCCAGAAGGGGAAAAUGUGCACCAUGAAUGCAUCCAGUCAGAAAAAUCACUAAUAAUGUCCGGUAAUUCGGCAGAUUCUUUCUCAGAGGAGUCGGAUGGAGAGGGUGAGAAGAGUAAUGAGAGAAUAGAGGUGGCAAAGACAGCGGGAGUGAACGGCCGAGCGCCUCCUAAAACCAGCGCCAGUCCCGUCCCCUCACCCACUACUCCCUCCCCCUCGGGUUCCCACAAGAGGCGGAGCUCACAAAUAAAAUCAGGCAAGCGCGGUGUGCUAAAGAGGCCGUGGACAGAAGCGGAACGGGUUGCUGUGGAAACGCACCUGAAGCGAAACAUCAUGGAGCUGCGUGUUCCGGCCAAGGCAGACUGCGAGCGAUGUUUGCAGCACUGCCCCCUAUUGGUGAGCAACCAGCGUGACUGGAGAGCCAUUAAAUUCUACUGCCACAACCGGAUUCAACUACUGAAGAAACAGGGACGCGGCUGAGGGCCGCCUGUUAGCUCAACACACGCACAUACACACGCACGCACACACAUACAUGAGUAUACCGAGGGAGAGACUCUUAGUCGCACAUUCAGUCCCUGAACGAUGGGUUGGAUAAGAGAUCGCACACACUUUUUUGGAUUGCUGAGCAUCAGUGUUUUCAUUGACGACACACACACACACACACACACACAUACAUACAUACAUACAUACAUACAUACAUAUACACACACACACACAUCCUGUGUACAUUGUAAGUGGCUGUAUAUGAGUGUGUCCGUUAAUUUCUCACACACACUCCGGAACGAUGGACUAAGUAAUUGCCCCCUCACACACAUUUUUGUGUCCUCACACAUUUCUGCUCACACACAUACAUAGUGUUAUAAGUCAGUAUAAGCCUAUAAACUGACCUCUUAUCCACAUCACGGUGUUGAGACUGAGGCGUGUGUGUGUGGAAAGCACUGCUUCAUGCCCCGAAAUCUCUCAAACCUGACAAAAGCAGCUGAACCGCAGCAAAGGAUGUAAUUAUUCCUCUACAAACUUUUUUCCUUUUUUUUUUUUUUUCUUUUAUACGACGAUGCUAAUCAUGUUUGUCCAGUGGAGUCUGGCUGUUGGACCGAUUGUGAUAGACUUCUAUAUAAAGAUCUGAAAUUUCUGUACCCGCAUUUGGCAAGCAAUUAUUUUGGGACCAUAUUAUCUUCAUGUUCCAGAGGAACAUUUACAGUAAGUCUACUAUGUAAGUCUAAUAUGUCUAGU